CUUUGUUGACAGCAGCUCAGAUCAACAUGGAGGCUACCAGACAGACAACAGGGCGACGUCUCAGCUCCAUAACAGUAUAACAUUAUGACAUGAUGACAUCAUAACGUUAUAGCAGCAUACCAUCGGAGACCUCAGCAGCAGCUCUCAGAGUCCUUUUUGCAGAAACAUGGCGGCCUUGCCUUCCGUCCUGAGAGAGUUCUGCCCCCUCUACUAUCUGCUGAAUGCCAUCCCAGCCAAGGUGCAGCGUGGGUUUAGGUCCGUCCUGGUCUACCUGACGGCCCUGGACAGCAGCAGUGACUUCCUGGCGGUGGGCAGCAGCAUCGGCAUGCUCUACUUGUACAGCCGUCGCCUCGCACACAUGAACAAGUACAGCCUGGAGGAACAGUCGGCCCUGUGUGAAGCCUUCUCAACUCCUGUGCUGAUUCAUAGGAAAGGAAAUAUGUAUCAUAUUUAACACGUCAGCCUGUCCUAAUACAUUAUAAAUACAUUGGGCAAAUAGAGCUUUAAAACCAUUAAACUUAGCUUUAUUAAAUGUCAGGUCUCAUUUUUAAUCAAUUAU